UCACUAUUGCCCAUACAUACAUACAUGCACAUGCAUACAAGCGCAGUUGCCACAAACGCUAGCGCAAUAUAUACAUACAUACAUACAUAUCUUUGUAUAUCGUCAUUCCAUGUAAAGAAAAGCGAGAAUCGUAAAGGCGGUUAAGUGGCGAAUUGUAUUUAAUUAAAUAUGCCAUCCAUUCUGCCUCUUAAAGCAACAACAAUCACUCAACAUUCUACUCAUACAGCUUUCGCAAAUGUCGACAGGAAGGCCCAUUAAAUGUGUCGUAGUUGGUGAUGGUACCGUUGGCAAGACAUGCAUGUUAAUAUCAUAUACCACAGACAGUUUUCCCGGUGAAUAUGUGCCUACAGUAUUCGACAACUACUCUGCGCCUAUGACUGUUGACACAAUUCAAGUCUCACUUGGUUUGUGGGAUACAGCGGGUCAAGAAGACUAUGAUCGCCUGCGUCCGCUCUCCUAUCCACAAACCGAUGUAUUUCUCAUAUGCUUCAGCGUGGCCAGUCCAUCUUCGUUCGAAAAUGUCACAUCGAAGUGGUAUCCAGAAAUUAAGCAUCACUGCCCCGAUGCACCGAUUAUAUUAGUCGGCACUAAAAUCGAUUUACGCGAUGAUCGCGAAACUCUCAGCGCAUUGGCCGAACAAGGUUUGGCACCGUUAAAACGUGAGCAGGGUCAAAAAUUGGCGAACAAAAUACGCGCGGUCAAGUAUAUGGAAUGUUCUGCACUCACGCAAAGAGGACUCAAGCAGGUCUUCGAAGAAGCAGUGAGAGCUGUGCUCAGGCCAGAACCACAAAAGCGACGUCAACGAAAGUGUAUAGUCAUGUAAGAAGUAUGUCAUUUCUACAGUGGAACAAAACAUCAAAAUUAAAAAAAGAAAAUCACUCACAUACCUUAGACAGCAACAUACACAAACACAAUCACGGAGUCAACUCAUCUCUAAGCAAACACCAGCUCAAAUAUUUAUUGAAACUUAAAGUCGACUGAUAUUAGUUUUGAAGGCAUCGACACCUCGGGAAUCGUGUUUGUUUUCGACAAGUUCAUUUAGUUUCUUAAAAAGUAAACAAAAUUAUGAAUCUUUUUGUUUCUUACUAAAAUCAUGGAAACAGCGAUUCCAGGCGACGAUAUCCAUUUACCAUUAAAACUCAUUUCUCCGUGCUGCAAAUGCAGCUUUUUUCACUGAAACAUUUAAAAUAUUAUUUCUAUUUUUGAGUAAACGUUUUGCUGCUAAAUAAUGCUGUGCAGCUACUAGUAUUUGAUUUUAAAGUAGGUCAUCCAUAAUUAGCAUUGUCCAAGGCAGUUAAAUAGGUGUAUACAUACAGACCAAUCAGUCUCACUUUUGUCAUAAACUGCAGCUGUGUGGAAAAAAUAGCUUAUCUAGUCAAUUGUUUAAUGCGACAAAAUUAAGAGUAAAGUGGAAAUUAAAUAAAAGCUGGGUAUUCAAAGAUGUUGCAUAAAAAAUAUUGAAAAUAUAUAUGGCAGGUUGACCGUUAUAAGGAAUACCGACUUGAGCUUAGACAAACAAAACUGUCACUACGUGUUGUGACAAACCAAUUUUUAAAACUCACGUUUAGUUAAUGCCCCCUUUUCUUUUUAACGAAAUGCCUACUUUUAGAAGUAGACAUAGUAUAUUUACAUACAUUUAUAGAAUGUUGCACAAAUGUUCUUUUAUAUUAGUAAACAAUUAAGAUAUUUAAAUUCGUUAUAAACAACUAAUUCAGCCAAUGAACAAUCACUGCAUUCAUAGAUCACUCUCCUUCUGGCUCGCUCUGUUGCAGUGAGCUAAACUACUCAAAUAUGCAUUUUACAUUGUUAAUCUCGAAUUAAUUUCAUGGUAUGCCUAAAUAUGUUUAUUUAUAUCUGUACUAAUAUGUAUGUAUGUCGCAACUAAACACUAACGACUGUUUUAUGUAAUACUUAUUUAUAUUUUAUUAUAUUUUUUUUAUUUGUCCUUUCUAUUUAUUAAGUAUACGUAUCAUGAUUUGGUUAUUGUAAAAGUUACUAUUUAAAAAGUGAAAAAAUAAUGUAAUGUUCUAUUAAAAAUUCGCAAACUCAAAUAAAACAAGAAAAUAUGAAACAAAAUAAACUCAAAUAAAAAAAAACAAACAUGUAAACUCUUCUUUAUCUUCCGCUUUCGCACACUCAUUCACUACCCAAAAUGUAUAAUGUUUUUUACAUCUUGAAUACAAAAUUUUGAAAGUAUAACCUCAAAAGUUUUGAAACAUGUAUUUAAAUGUUAUUUGUAAUUUUGUAUGAGUAUAAUGAAAAAGGUAUAAAUAAAUAAAUGCAUAUUUACUUUAUAUAAUAUUGUAAUAAUAGUGAAAAAAUCAAAAAUUAUGUGACGGCAGUGAAGUAGAUUUAAUAAUGUACGUAUAAAAAAUGAAUGAGAAAAGUUACUGUGAAACGAAGCGUAUAUAUAUUAAAAUAAAUAAAGUAAAAUGAGCAAGA